AUGAUAUACACAGUUCAAGUUCCAUCGUCUUCCAGUGGUACAUCUACUAAAGAGCUAGUCACUGCUCUUACAUCACCCAACGUAGUACUAGAUACCUCAGUAGAAAUGCGAGUACCAUCGUCUUCUAAUGGAACUACUGAAGAAUUGCUUGUUGUCCGUAAGUCUCACAGAAAUGAGUUAUUGAAAGAUAUAGAUGUUUAUAGUCAUCGAGAACUUACGCCAAAUUGUAAAACUGUUUAG